CGAGACUAAAAAAAAAAACAAGAAAGUUAUACAAUUAACGUAAACAACCUUUGAUUAAUCUCUGAAAUCAUGAAGUGUGUUAUUUCAGUUAUAGUUUUAUGUGUUCUCAUGUUCCACGUUUCGAAUAUUGUGAAAGAAGUGAAUGGACAAGAUUCUAAAUGUAAAACAUAUAUGAGAUAUCCUGGAAAAUGUGGCGCUGACGGAAACAAGAAGUGUCAAGGUGAAAUGAGGGAUUUUUACAUAACGUAUAAUCGUUGCGACUGUAAAGACACCUGGUGGAGAAAUAAAGAAUACCAUGACUGCAAUUGUUAUAUAAAACCUCCUUGUCCGUAGUUGUUGACGAAGAUUCUUGUAGUCUCGAUAAAAUGCUAAAUUACUUUUACUAUUGCUCGAAAACAAAAUUAUAUUUACC